AAAGACAGAAGGAGGUGCCGCCCUCUUGCCUCAUGCCUUCCUCCUACAGCUGGCAGCAGAGAGAGGGAGAGACAAACGCCACAGAGCCGCAAUCUGAGUGGAGACACAAUCUACCCCUUGGCCCCACAGUGCGGUACACUUUCGGGGUCUGACUGCGGCUUUCUGCGUAGAUAUACACAACCCGUCGUUCUCCUUCUCCGAGCUUCACGUUGCUCAAGGCGCAUGCUCAGGCCAAGUGGCGGUGCAGUUGUUUGACACGGGAUAUAUCAGCGACACUGAAAGACUAAAGAUGACUACUUCAUGGAGUGACAGACUGCAGAAUUAUGCAGACCUGCCUGCCAACAUGGACAGAGUAACAAUGAAAAAAUACAGACGAGAGCCCUACCAUAGAGUGUUCGUCAACAGAAGCUUGGCAAUGGAAAAGAUAAAGUGCUUUGGCUUCGAUAUGGAUUACACUUUGGCAGUGUAUAAAUCACCAGAGUAUGAGUCGCUCGGAUUUGAGCUCACCGUGGAGCGGCUUGUUUCCAUCGGUUACCCACAGGAGCUGUUCAGCUUCGUCUACGAUCCAUCCUUUCCUACCAGGGGCCUUGUAUUUGACACCAUGUAUGGAAACCUGUUGAAGGUUGACGCCUACGGUAAUAUACUGGUCUGCGUCCAUGGAUUCAACUUCCUCAGAGGCCCUGAGAUCCGUGAGCGUUACCCAAACAAGUUCAUCCAAAGAGAUGAUACGGAGCGCUUUUAUAUUCUCAACACACUGUUUAACCUUCCAGAGACCUACCUCUUUGCAUGCCUUGUGGAUUUCUUCUCCAACUGCGAUAGAUACACAAGCUGCGAGACUGGCUUUAAAGACGGUGACCUCUUCAUGUCUUACAAGAGCAUGUUCCAGGAUGUUCGCGAUGCUGUUGACUGGGUCCACUUCAAGGGGACACUAAAGGAGAAAACUGUGGAGAACCUCGAGAAGUAUGUAGUGAAAGAUGGAAAGUUGCCUCUUCUCCUCAGCCGGAUGAAUGAAGUUGCCAAGGUGUUUUUGGCUACCAACAGCGACUACAAAUACACCGAUAAAAUCAUGACUUAUUUGUUUGAUUUCCCCCACGGUCCAAAGCCUGAUACUUCACACCGACCGUGGCAGUCUUACUUUGACCUCAUCCUGGUGGAUGCCAGAAAGCCGCUGUUCUUUGGUGAAGGGACAGUGCUCCGACAAGUGGACACGACCACAGGGCGACUUAAGAUUGGCACCUACACAGGACCCCUGCAGCAUGGUAUUGUCUACUCUGGAGGUUCCUCAGACAUUGUGUGCGACUUGCUUGGGGCCAAAGGCAAGGACAUUGUAUACAUCGGGGACCAUAUCUUUGGAGACAUACUGAAGUCCAAGAAACGCCAAGGCUGGAGGACGUUCCUCGUCAUACCUGAGCUUGCUCAGGAGCUGCAUGUCUGGACCGACAAGAGUUCUUUAUUUGAAGAACUGCAAGGUCUGGACAUUUUCUUGGCAGAACUCUACAAACAUUUGGACAGCAGCAGCAACGAGAGGCCAGAUAUCAGCACUAUCCAGAGAAGAGUCAAGAAAGUCACACAUGACAUGGACAUGUGCUACGGCAUGAUGGGUAGCCUUUUUCGCAGCGGCUCCAGGCAGACUCUGUUUGCCUCCCAAGUGAUGCGCUACGCAGAUCUCUAUGCGGCCUCCUUCAUCAACCUGCUCUACUAUCCAUUCAGCUAUCUCUUUAGAGCCGCACACGUACUUAUGCCCCACGAAUCGACGGUGGAGCACAUGCAUGUGGACAUCGCCGGCGAGUCGCCGCUGGCCACGCGCAACCGCAACCACUGUAGCAACUGCAAAGAAUUCGAGUGCAAACGCAACCAGUUGACACGCUCCUUCAGCGAGAUCAAGCCUCCCAACCUGUUCCCACAAACCCCGCAGGAGAUCACCCACUGCCACGACGAGGACGAUGACGAGGAGGAGGAGGAGGAAGAGGAGGAAGAAGAAGAGGAAGAGGAAGAGGAGGAAUGAAGUUCUCCUUUCAGUCAUCUAGAGGUUUUCUAGUUAGAGGCAAAAUGGAAAAUCCUUCACUGUGUGUGUGAGUGAGAGAGAGUGUGCAUGUGUUAGCAGAUGUGUGUGUCAAUACUCGACAUUUUAGAGUAAAGUGUGACAGACCAGCAAACAAACAGGAUCACGACCUUCACAUAACUGCACGCAUGAUUUUUUCAUAGUUCUUUUUUAAAUCGAUUCGAUUUGAACUUUCAAUUGUCGUCAAUAGACUGAAGACACUCCUCCGUUGAGGUUUAACAUGACCUUUAGGAUAAGCUGGCUUGAAGCAUGACAUACACAAGACGAUGACGUCACAUAUGUGUCGGCACGCAAUGUGAAAAGAUGUAUCAAUCCGUUGCAUCGCAAUUGAUUUUUUUUAUGCAAAAUGGGAACAACGUGCUUUGGGUUUGUGUGGUUUUCUUGACAUUUUGACGUCUUGUUUCUGCCAAAAGGCAUUGUGGGUGAUAAUGACAAGAAGAGCCUCUUUGCUAAACAGAGAGAAGGCAUCCCAGUGCUCGGGUGGCCGUUGACCUGUUCUGGUUACCUAGCAACAAUGAGGACACACGUACUGUAUAACAUGCUGAUAGUCGCUAUAACAACAGUGAACUUGUGCUUCUGCAAAUAGCUGUCAGGCAUAAACAGCUGAAGAAGAUUUUUGACAUGCAGCCUCCAAAUGCAAAGGGCAUGCAAGGCAUCCUGGGAUUUUGAAAGAUGUUUGUGGUUAUGCAGAGCCCAAAUGCUUAAGAUUGAAGUAAAUAGCGCUAUUGGCACAGUUAAAAUUAUUAUUUUUUUCUUUCUGUUGACAUUGCAGUUUCUAGCCUUUUUUGUGAUCCAGACACGCAAACGUACACUGAUACUUAUGACAUAACCUUAAACAAUUGAAGGAACCAUAACGAAUCUGUAUCUUUUUUUCUUGUUUUGUUUAUAUAUAAUUUUUAGUUUAGUUUUUGGGGUUUUUUUUCCAAAUUGAAUAUUUGUAUUUUAGGGUUCAACUGUGUCUUGAACAUUGAAAGUUGAGUAUUUGCUACAGGUUAGGUGGUGGUCUUUUUGUUGCAUAACGUUAACAUAUGCACGUGAGAAUAUAUCUCUUUUUUUAAGUUGGUUGACUGUAGAAAUUUUAGGAAUUUAUGCAUUGCAGUUUACACAGAACAAAACUGUAAAUCCAAGCUGGAACUACUAAAAAAAAAAAAAAUAAAAAGAAUGGGAAAUGUGAAUAACGUUAAAAGCUGUAACUAAAUGUUAGUUGUAAUCAACAACUUUUGAGGGUUAUUUUUAUUUUUCUAAGCUAGUGUUUUAAAGGGUCUCAGUUUACAGAACUGCUAAUGGAGAUUAUUAUUAUUAUUUCUAUUUCCGCCCAUUGUUUCUUAACUUUUGUACCACACCACACUCGGGGGUUGAGCCUGUUGGCUAUUAGUUAAGCCAAUAUUUAAACUGAUAUCUAGUUUUUCUUGUCAUGAUGUCCUGAAUGCAUCCUUGUUUGCAGCGUGUUUUGUCACGGUCAGCUCUCAUUGUCUAAACUACGGUUAUCUUUCAUGCAUAUCCUUUUAUGUUCUUAUUUGCUUUAUUCCCAGAUGCUCCGGCAGUUUGUAUACAGAAGGAAAUGGCCUACAAAUGUAUAAUAAAGAUAGUUUUUCAUA